CGUUGUAAACCGUGUUAGGAAAACACAAACCGUCUUCUCUUCAAUAACAAUUUCCCGAAAUAAUUUGUCCUCGCAACAUUUCAUCUUCGUUAUAAUUUUUUUCUGGUGUUUUUUUUUUUCCAUUUUGGUUGUGUGUUUGUUUGUUUUCUGUUAAAUCCGUUGGGGUUGUUUCCAUCAUCGCCUCCAUCUCCGUCUCGAUUCUAGAGAAAACAAGGAUUCAAGUCCUUUUGAUAUUAUUGUUAUUAUGAGCAUACAAUGAUCUCUCGCUAUGCGUUGGCUUCCACAAAUCUCCUUCUCCUCUCCCUCCCUCAAACCCGUGGCUUCUUACUCUGAAUCCCCGGAUCCAGAUCGCAAUCUGGAUCGAGAUCGUUUCCAUCGUCGUCUGUUCCGUUUCAACCGCGGCAGGCUCACGCGUCAGAGGAAGCUCCGUCACUUGACCGACGACGAUGUUCUGGUACAACGCCCUGCUUCAACGUCUUCCUCUUCUUCUCCCACCGUCGACGUCUGGUUAAAUCGAUCUCCAAGCGCUUACACGCCGGGUCCCCGCUCCCCUUCCGCCGUCCCCUUACCGUUACCUCUGCCGUUACCAGAGGGAGACUCGAGGAAUCGGAAUGCAGCGAACGGUAGAGUUAUCGCUGAUCGCACCUCCUCUGGUGGUCCUCCUCUCACCAGCGUUGCACAUGAGUCGAGAAGAGCCUCGGAGAAUUCCAGCUGUAACAAUAGUCCGAAUACUAGAAACGGUUAUUGGGUGAACAUACCAACAAUGAGUGCUCCAACGAGUCCCUACAUGAGUCCCGUCCCUAGCCCUCAAAGGAAGAGUACUGGCCACGAUCUACCCUUUUUUAAUUUACCUCCUAAGAGCAAUCAAGCAUGGUCAGCUCCAGAUAUGCCCUUUGACACCUCUGGGCUACCUCCUCCUGCGUUUUACGACUUCACGGCGUUUAGCACAGACAACUCUCCAAUCAACAGCCCGCGGCCUCGAAGUCCGCGUAGACAGAUCAGAAGUCCGCAACCGAGCAGGCCAACUUCACCGUUGCACCCGAUGCUAUCGCCUGAGCAUUUGGCUGGAGCAAGGGAUAGUGUUUCCUCGCCGUUGCAUCCGAGGAUGUCCACUGAUGUUGCCAGUGGACGUAGCUCGAAUGUUCAUCCUUUGCCUCUCCCUCCUGGAGCUGCUUGUCCCUCUUUGUCAGCUGCUGCUUCUCCUGUUUCGUACCCGCAGGGUCCUCUCAAACAGGAUUUGUUCCCGAUGAAUUCUCAGUGGAAGAAAGGGAAGCUAAUAGGUCGUGGUACAUUUGGAAGUGUUUAUGUCGCCAGUAACAGUGAAACGGGAGCAUUAUGUGCGAUGAAGGAAGUUGAGUUGUUUCCUGAUGACCCAAAAUCUGCAGAGUGUAUAAAGCAGCUAGAGCAGGAGAUAAAACUUCUCAGUAACCUUCAACAUCCAAACAUUGUGCAGUAUUUUGGUAGUGAGAUAGUAGAAGAUCGUUUCUUUAUAUACCUGGAAUAUGUUCACCCGGGUUCAAUUAACAAAUAUAUUCGAGACCAUGGCGGCGGUACCAUGACAGAAUCUGUUGUUCGCAAUUUUACUCGUCACAUCUUGUCCGGGCUGGCUUAUUUGCACAGCAAAAAGACAGUACAUAGGGAUAUCAAAGGUGCUAAUCUCCUUGUCGAUGCCUCUGGUGUUGUCAAGCUUGCUGACUUCGGCAUGGCCAAACACCUUACUGGGCAAAGAGCUGAUCUUUCGUUGAAGGGAAGUCCGUACUGGAUGGCACCAGAGCUCAUGCAAGCUGUGAUGCAAAAAGAUAGCAACCCGGAUCUCGCUUUUGCUGUUGAUAUAUGGAGUUUAGGAUGUACAAUCAUCGAGAUGUUCACUGGAAAGCCUCCAUGGAGUGAGUUUGAAGGGGCUGCAGCUAUGUUCAAGGUGAUGAGAGAUAGCCCACCGGUACCUGAAUCGAUGUCACCGGAGGGCAAAGAGUUUCUAAGACUAUGUUUUCAGAGAAACCCGGCAGAGCGACCAACCGCAUCUAUGUUGCUAGAACACCGGUUCCUUAAGAACUCUGUGCAAUCAACCUCCCCACGUAACAGUGAUGUCUCAAAUUGCUCUCAUUUAAUUAACGGGAUGAACAUAAAGGAACCAAACACUAGGAGGGAGAAACCAAAUUUCAAACUAGAUCAAAUUCCGCGCGCUAGAAACGUGACAUCCUCAGAGAGCUUCUUCAAACGUACUUCUUUUUCUCCAGUGAAAGUUGGCAGCAGCAACAGUACCGGUCUCCUGAUCUAACCGGGACAGUGCCCCGUCUGUCCCCUCGAUCCACUCUCGAGGCUAUUCCGAGUCCGUCUCCAUCCCAACAACCUAAGCCAAGCACUGAGCGAAGAAGAAUCAGCGUCCCUUCUGAUCAAGUUUGAUUUGCACCGAGGCAACGAUAUCAUAUGAAGGACUUUUUUUUUUUGUUUUUGUUAAAAUAUCAUAUGAAGAUAUUACUACGUAUUCUCAUGCACAUGUGUGUAUCAAUGUACGUAGGUAGUUUGGGGGUAGAGGGUAGAAGGGUUGUGUAUGUAACAUUUUAUUCCACUGUGGAAUUGAGAAAAGAGACUUGAUUCUUUCUUUUCCGGGGGUUUUUAGAGGAAGAGUUGUGUAUAAACGACGUCUUGUGUACAUUUGGUUCCGGAUACAUCAUUUUUUAGAUUUGGAACCAUUAAUUUAAAAGUUCAAUCUCUCUCUGUGA